AAAAGCAAACAAUAUCCAACAAACGAAUGAAUUGUCAAACAUAGUAUGUGCACUGAUGUGGCUCUGUAAUUUAUGUUUGAAAAGUUUAUAAAAUAUGCAAAAUGAGAAAGCACGCAGAAGAGCGAGUAUCACAGAUAUGAUUCGCUAUUAUGCUGUUUAUAUACCAUAGUCGCUACAACGUUUACAAAUGGCAGGUUCAAAAUAAUUCGUUUUCUUUACACUCAUGAUCGCGUUGAUAGUUAAUUAUACACGUUUUAAUUCGCAAUUUAUUUACUGAAUCACGACAAAUGUCAAAUACAAUACAGAAAAUGCAUAGUUGUUUAAUUGAUCUAUAAACAUAUAAUGGAUUGAAUAUAUAAUAUUUAAAAUUAACGUGUUCAAACUAUUAUUUAAUCUUUUCCCAGAAUAUGCUGUCCUAUUUAUAGCUGAGCUUCCUAUUUAUCAAUGAUAAUCAGCGAGGUAUGCCGAUUAGAAAAAUCGAGCUAUCUCAAUCGGACUGGCUCGGUCUUUUACAUAGGUUGCUAUUGUGAAGAAUUUUUUCAUGAUAUGAUAACUUAGACGAUGCUUCGCAGCAUCGUCAAUAAAAAGUGCAAUGUGGUGUCCCUUUAGUGAACAAAUUUGUGUGAGUUUCAUAAUCUUAUGAAAAUGUCACUCAAGAGGGAUGAUCUAAGCAAGUCCUUUACGAUAUGUUUAUCUUAAACUAUCUUGAGGGUUAACGUGAUUAUAGUCAUCUUGAAAAAAUUAAUAAAAUAAAACACAUCAAAUUUACAUUGUUUUAGACAAGGCUUCAAUUGUAAUAUGAAACCAACCUCUUAUGCAUCUGACCAGCCAGUACUACAAUUUGAAAUGGUAUUCUGUAUUGUAUAAAUACACCAUUGUCUUUGUUCGUUGAACCGAACAAAUUCUUUGUGGUUAGACCGCGAAAUGUAAUGAAUCCAGCUCCACUUUUGGUUUGGAUGGUUUUGUAAACGCAGUUUCUGUUUCAGAAGUGGACAAUAACGUGGUAAAGUAAUGUUGGGGAAGUAAAUCGUAUAAUUUAUUAGGUCAAAAUGUUAAAGAACUUUGUCAGUGCUCUUGAUAUUAAAAUUUCUGAAGGAAGUAUGGCGUUAGUUCAACGCGCGUCGUUUACAGCCGUAUAACAAAAGACGGAUCACUUUUUGGAAGACCUGGGAAUUACAACAUCCUAUACAUGGGUAAUAUUUUUAUAAAUAAGGAUCCUGAUUUUUGGUGUUCUACCGAAGAUCCGGGUCCAGAAAGACAUACCGCAUAUUGGAUGAGCUACGUACCUGAUUCUAAGUUUCUUUCGGAGCUGUCCAUACCUGGCACACACAAUACUAUGAGUUAUGCUUAUGAUGGAAAAAUCACUGGACUAUGGGUUAGGUGUCAGAGUUUGUUAUUAAGCAUUCAGCUGAAUAUGGGAGUAAGAUUUCUUGACAUUAGGUGUCAGGCUUCCAAUGGUGAGAUGUUACUCAAGCAUGGGGGAUAUAACCUUGGUAAGCUGACAGAUACAUUGACCGGCUGUGUAAACUUUCUUCAAACACACCCACGUGAAUGUGUUAUCUUAAGGAUUGCACAAGAAAACAGUAAUCUAGAGGGACUUGAUUUUAGGGAUGCGCUGGAACCUUUCUUGGACAGGUUUGCGAGACAUAUCCUAAAAAAAAGAUCAAUGCCAACCCUUGGCGAAGCAAGAGGAAAGAUGGUUAUUCUGGCAGACUAUGAUAUCAAAGAUACCGAUGAAAUGAUGAAGUAUGGAAAUAUGAUAGAUGGAAAUAUGAUCAUCUGUGACAACUCUAAACCAGACUCAUUCUCACAAAAGAUGGACGGCAUAAAAGCUAACAUAGAGAAAGCAUCCGAAACUACAAGGGAUAAGAAACAAAUGUACAUUACGUUCACAUAUAGAUAUACAUGGUUAGGAAUUGAAUGUCCUCGAGAGAUAACACGACGAUCAAAUCCUACAUGGCAUUAUUUAGUCAGACGUCAAAAAGGUUGCCUUGGUAUUGUUGUCAUGGACUUUCCGGGAUAUAAAGUUAUUCGAGACAUUAUCAAUAACAACGGGGAGGAUCAUCCUCUCGAGAUUGCACAUUCUAGAAAUCAUAUAGUACAUCGUUUAGUGAGAGAUCACAUUGGUGGUCGUUUCAUUAUCGAUUACAACUUUAUUUGUCCUGUCGAGAUUACACCUUCUACAAAUCCUACAGUUGCCUUGGCAUGUUUGGCAUGGACCAUCCAAGCAGUGCCGGAUUAAGAAUGUGGAGGCCCAAAGGAAACGAAACGUGUGGGGCCCACGCCCAAUUCACCUAUUAGCCUACUAGAACGCCGGUGUCAAGUCGAUUUCACUCGUUUAAAUUAACCUACCAGUGCCAAGGCUGGCAAAACAAAAUGUGACAAUGUGCUUUUAUAUGUAUACGUGGCUUUGAUAAGUCAUUCGAUAACGCUAAGUACGCAGGCCUAAGUAAAAAACAAUAUUUCGUCAAUGUCUCAUGGGGCCCCUAAAUGUUGCGGUGCCUAUAGGGAGUUGCCUACUGUACAAAUUUAAAAUCGUUUUAAUAUUAUGUUUUUUUCUUGUUUUUCUUUUUCUUUUUCAGAACAAUUAUUAACUUUUCAUUUUAUUUUCCUACUUUAAUUUAACCUUUAUACAAAUGUUUUGUGUUGUACGUAACGUAAGAAUUGUGUUUUGAUUUAUUAUUAUCCCCACGCUUUUUGAAAAAAAGGUGGGGAUAUUGUGGUUAUCUCCGCCGUCCGUCCGUCCGUCCGUCCGUCCGUCCGUCCGUCUGUCUGUCUGUCUGUCUGUCCGUCCGUCCUGGCCACUAUCUCCUCCUACACUAAAAGCACUAGAACCUUGAAACUUACACACAUGGUAGCUAUGAGCAUAUGUGCGACCCUGCACUAUUUGGAAUUUUGAUCUGACCCCUGGGUCAAAAGUUAUAGCGGUUGGGGUGGGGCCGCGUCAGAAAUUAUCACUCAUUUUUUUAGGUUAUUUUACAUUUACUUCUUUAUUUCUACACCGAUUCACUUCAAAUUGAUACUGGACCUCUCUUAUGACAAUACGGUCAAUCUCAACCAUGCAUGGCCCCAUUCCCAACCCUGGGGCGCCCCGCCCACAUAGGCCACACCCACCAAAAAUUUCCAUUUACUAUAAUUUUUUCAUUUCUACACGGAUUCACUUCAAAUUGAUACUGAACUUUUGUUAUGACAUUAGGGUCAAUCUCAACUAUGCAUGGCCCCAAUCCCAACCCUGGGGCGCCCGCCCAGAUAGGCCACACCCACCAAAAAAUUCCAUUUACUAUAAUUUUUUCAUUUCUACACGGAUUCACUUCAAAUUGAUACUGAACUUCUCUUAUGACAUUAGGGUCAAUCUCAACUAUGCAUGGCCCCAUAACCAACCCUGGGGCCCCGCCCACAUAGACCAGAUCCACCCAAAAUUGCCUUUACUAUAAUUUCUUCAUUUCUACAACGAUUCACUUCAAAUUGAUAUUGAACUUCUCUUAUGACAAUACAGUCAAUCUCAACUAUGCAUGGCCCCAUUGCCAACCCUGGGGCGCCCCGCCCACAUAGACCACACCCACCCAAAAUGUCCUUUUACUAUAAUUUCUUCAUUUCUACACCGAUUCACUUCAAAUUGAUACUGAACCUCUCUUAUGACAAUACGGUCAAUCUCAACUAUGCAUGGCCCCAUUACCAACCCUGGGGCCCCGCCCACAUAGACCACACCCGCCCAAAAUUGCCUUUUACUAUAAUUUCUUCAUUUCUACACCGAUUCACUUCAAAUUGAUACUGAACUUCUCUUAUGACAAUACGGUCAAUCUCAACUAUGCAUGGCACAAUUACCAACCCUGGGGCGCCCUGCCCACAUAUGUCACACCCACCCAAAAUUGCAUUUUACUAUAACUUCUUCAUUUCUACACCAAUUCACUUCUAAUUGAUGAUGAACUUCUCUUAUGACAAUACGGUCAAUCUCAGCUAUGCAUGGCCCCAUUACCAACCCUGGGGCACACCUAGGUCAAACAUUCGGCGUGGGGAUACGCGUCGGCCUCUUCCGCGCCAUUUCUAGUUCCAAUUAGAUUAAAUCUUUAAUAACAUUUUCAAAAAUCCUAAAAUCAACCUAAUAACAAUACCAGUAGUUGAUGAAGCCCAAUGGAAAUAUGCAAUAUCUUUCUUAAACUCUUUUCAGUUAAAGAACAAUAUUCCGAAAAAAUAUCAGUUUGUAAAUCCAUGCUGAAAUGAAGCGAAAUUUCAGUGGAGAACAUUUUGUUUUAUUUUAAUUGUUUGAAUCAUCUGUUGUAUUAUGCUUUACUCUUAUAUUAUUGUUUCAUUGUAUUUUAAUAUGGAUUAUACUUAGGAUGCUGAUAUUUAAGUGUAUUUUGAUAUGUUUAAAUAGUGCUAUUAUUAUAGUUUUAAUUGUUGAUGCAAGUUGUUUUAGUAUCUUAUUUGAAUGUUUCAAUAUUGUCAUUGGCAAUAGAGUCACGAUGAUCCAAAUGGUAAACUAUAUUAUGUUACGUCUCUAAAGCUUUAAAGAAAAGACGAGAUGUUGUUGAUACUCGUUUCGGUUACAUUUCAUCGUGCCUCAGACAGUUACGGUUCUGGUGCUCUGGUCUGCAUAUUACCAUUGAGUAGUUGAAUGGUUAUUAACCCAUUUAUGCCUAGUGGACUCUCCCAUCCAUCUAAAUUGGAUCAAUAUAUUUCCAAAAUUAGGGAUGUCUAGUAUAUGUAUUUCUAUAUUUAGAAUAUUUCUUACAGAAAUUCCUUUAAGCAAACAGCGCAGACCCUAAUGAGACGCCGCAUCAUGCGGCGUCUCAUCUUAGUCUACGUUCUUUGCCAAGGGCUUUUCUCUAGACGCUAGGCAUGAAUGGGUUAAAUGAAAAGUUGUCUGUUUAAUGCUAUUUUAUUUGUAUCCUGACGCAAUGAGGUAAAUUUGUAUUUACAUUUAAAUGUUUAAUGAAUAAUUCUGGGCUCCAUGUGUGCUAUGGAGCUCUUAAAAACCGGUUUAAGCCACCAUCGUUUCCCGGUUUCUAUCCUGUGACCCCAUGUUUGUGCGUUUGUUAUGUGUCUUGUCUAGAGCAUUUGUUUGUCUCACUAUUUGGCAAGUUUCACUGUAUGUAUCCCUGUACUUAUCCUCAUAUAUUUCAUAUUGUAUUUUCUAAUUAGCUACUUCUAUAGCUAUUCGGAAUAUUUAAAGUUAUGUAAAAAUAAAGCGGUCCAUUUUAUUAAUAUAUGUUUAAUAUUUUAGUAAAGUUGGGGUACUGAUACAAUAGCCAUUACACUCAUUUCUUAUAUAAAUACAUAUUACAUAAGUUUUUUACUUUUUAUAAUUAACAUAAUUAUUAGAAAAUAUAAUCAGAAUACAUUAAAAAAUAGAAUAUUAGCAACUUAUUCGAAAUAAAAAAAUAACAUAAAACAGCCAAAUAUUUCUCAUUUAGCCCUAGGCAUGUGACAGAUGAAAUACGGUUACACGUAUGUCAAAUAUACAUUAGUUUCAACCCAGGGGAAUGACCUACGUCAUGCAAGCUCUCGGUCUUGUGCAACCCACCUUGCAAUAUUAAGAAUACCCACAGUGUGAUUUAAGUUUUGGAACAUUCUAAAAGCCCGACAUUUUGGUCACGGUCUUAUAAUUAUUCUUGAUAAAUCAGCUAGAAACCCUUCUUAGCACGUAUCCAGCAAAUUACAAAAUGCCGGGUUGUAGUUAAAAACAAAACCUUGCCGCAAUCCUCGCUCAUACACCUUGUUUUAAUAUUAAAGAACCGCCUUCGGAUAAUUUCAGGUAAAGCGCUUGAUGUUAUUUAUUUGUUAACUUUAGAUACUAACUUGUUACUUGUAUACAGUUGUCAGUUGUUUAACUAAAUACUGCGAUUCAUAGUUAGAAUUAAUAUUCGUUUGACAAUGAUUUCAUACCCCUUGUGGCAGUAUUUAAGAACUGCCUCGGCUAAUUCAGAGUGUGUUCUGGUACUGUUAAUGUUUAGAAGUUUGCUAUUUAUUGUAUUGUUUUACACUUUGGAUUUUAACUUGUCUCUUGUAUACAUUUUUACUAAAUACGGCAAUUCCUAGUUAUACUUAAUAUUCGUUUGACAAGGAUUUAAUUUCAACUGAUAAAUAUAAUAUUAUUAAUUUUAUAUAUUCAUGAGGUAUGUAAAUAAAUAUGUAUCAUUGUAUAUUAUUAAUCGGCAUGUAAUUUAAUAUUAUCAAUUAUUAUUAGAAUGCUGAUGUAUACAUAAUAUCGAACAUCAAAACAAGUAUAGUAAAAUAAAUAACUGUUACAAUGAGUUGGUAGCGUUAUAGAUUGUCAUUUACUUAUAUAUUUAGGAAUUUAUAUUAAAAUACGUAUUGUUUCAAAACGUGUAGCAUACUUUUAUUCGGGAAUUGUUUCAGAGAAAUACAAUGGGCUGCUUUAAA